AUGAAGGACUUGGGCCAAAUUCAUUACUUCCUUGGCAUCGAGAUCUCGCAAACAGCCGAUGGCCUUCACUUGUCCCAAUCUCACUAUGCUCUUACCAUCCUUGAGAGAGCCAACAUGGUCGAUUGCAAGCCUAUGAGCACACCUCUUGAAGCCAAAACCAAGACAUCGCCAAAUAAUGUCUUGCUAGAAGAUCCGAGUUAUUUUAGAGGACUUGUUGGUGCUUUACAGUACCUCACCCUCACGAGACCAGAUCUUUCAUACAGUGUGAAUUAUGCAUCACAAUUCAUGCAUGCUCCCACUCUCGUGCAUUUAAAAAUGGUUCGAAGGAUCUUAAGAUAUGUCAAAGGCACAAUUGACAUAGAUUGGGCGGGGUGUCCAACCACACGACGAUCCAUCACUGGCUACUGUACAUUUCUUGGAGGAAAUCUCAUCUCCUGGUGUGCAAAAAAACAACAUACAAUCUCUCGGUCGAGUACCAAAGCGGAAUAUCGGGCCAUGGCACAUACAGCAGCUGAACUCACAUGGAUGUCCUUUAUUCUUAACGAUCUUCACGUUCCGUUGGCAUCUACACCAACUCUCUACUAUGAUAACACAAGUGCUCUUCACAUGACAAUAAAUCCGGUGUUUCAUGCUCGUAGCAAACACAUCGAGUUGGAUUACCAUUUUGUGCGUGAACGAGUUGCCCUUGGACUUCUCGUUACUCAACAUAUCUCCACCGAAAAGCAAGUAGCAGACCUCUUCACCAAACCAAUGUCAAAGGCUGCACUUAGUAAAUUUCAAACCAAACUUUGCCUCCAACCCCGGCACAGUUUGAGGGAGGGUAUUGGCACAACCCAGCAGCACCUUGGCUUGAAUUGUGGGACUCACACAACCCAGCAGCACCUUGGCGUGAAUUGUGGGACUCAACGGAGUGAUAAGGAUGGAAGUGAUAAGGCUGAAAACUCCCACAAUUCAUGCUAUAAUAGUGGAGAGACGUUGAAAAAUGAAGAAGGACGUGAUUGCUGCUCAUGGCAUGGUGUGGAGUGUGAUAGGGAGAGUGGUCAUGUGAUCGGCCUUCACCUUGCUAGCAGUCAUCUCUACGGUUCUAUUAACUGCAGCAGCACCCUCUUCAGUCUUGUUCAUCUCCGGAGGCUUGAUCUCUCUGAUAAUGAUUUCAAUUACUCUAGGAUCCCACAUGGAGUCGGUCAGCUUUCAAGGCUUAGAAGUCUCAACCUCUCGAAUUCUCAGUUCUCUGGCCAAAUCCCAUCGAAACUCUUAGCACUGUCCAAAUUGGUUUCCCUUGAUCUCUCGAGCAACCCAACGUUGCAGCUUCAAAAGCCUGACUUGAGAAAUUUGGUUCAGAACUUAAUCCACUUAAAAGAACUUCAUCUAAGCCAGGUGAACAUUUCUUCUACUGUCCCUGUUAUUUUGGCAAACUUAUCUUCUUUGAGAUCUCUCUCCCUUGAAAAUUGUGGAUUGCAUGGUGAAUUCCCCAUGGGGAUUUUCAAGCUGCCAAGCUUAGAACUCCUUGAUCUGAUGUCUAAUAGAUAUCUGACUGGCCAUUUGCCUGAAUUUCACAAUGCUAGUCACCUCAAAUAUUUGGAUCUCUAUUGGACAAGUUUCUCUGGUCAGCUACCAGCUUCCAUUGGAUUCCUUAGUUCCUUGAAGGAAUUGGAUAUCUGCUCAUGCAAUUUCAGUGGGAUGGUUCCAACUGCACUCGGCAACCUUACCCAGCUUACCCACCUGGACCUUUCAAGUAACUCAUUUAAGGGUCAGCUCACCUCUUCAUUGACCAACCUUAUCCAUCUCAAUUUCUUGGAUAUUUCUAGGAAUGAUUUCAGUGUUGGGACCUUGUCUUGGAUUAUUGUCAAGCUGACCAAAUUCACUGCUUUGAACCUUGAAAAGACCAAUUUAAUUGGUGAGAUCUUGCCUUCUCUUUCAAACCUAACUGGACUGACUUAUUUAAACCUGGAGUAUAAUCAACUUACUGGUAGAAUUCCACCAUGCCUUGGGAACCUGACCCUGUUAAAAACCUUAGGUCUUGGGUACAAUAAUUUGGAAGGUCCAAUACCAAGCUCAAUAUUUGAACUGAUGAACCUUGAUACUCUCAUUCUACGUGCAAACAAGUUGAGUGGCACAGUGGAGCUGAACAUGCUUGUUAAGCUCAAAAAUCUCCACAAACUCGGCUUGUCUCAUAACGAUCUAUCAUUGCUCACUAACAACAGUCUCAAUGGUUCUCUUCCAAGGCUUAGGCUUUUAGGAUUAGCUUCAUGCAACUUGAGCGAGUUCCCACAUUUCCUAAGGAACCAAGAUGAAUUGAAGUUUUUAACACUUUCUGACAACAAAAUUCAUGGCCAAAUACCAAAGUGGAUGUGGAACAUGGGUAAAGAAACUCUUUGGGUCAUGGACCUAUCUAACAACUUAUUAACCUGCUUCGAGCAGGCCCCAGUUGUCCUUCCAUGGAUUACUCUACGAGUUCUAGAGCUUAGUUAUAAUCAGCUACAAGGGUCCCUUCCAGUUCCACCAUCUUCCAUCUCUGAUUAUUUUGUCCAUAACAACAGACUAAAUGGAAAAUUUCCGUCGUUGAUUUGCAGCUUGCAUCAUCUUCACAUUCUUGAUUUGUCGAAUAACAACUUAAGUGGCAUGAUUCCUCAAUGUUUGAGCGACUCCAGCGAUUCUCUAUCAGUGUUGAAUCUACGAGGCAACAACUUUCAUGGGAGCAUUCCUCAAACAUUCACCAGCCAAUGCAGAUUAAAGAUGAUUGAUUUUAGUUACAAUCAGUUAGAGGGGCAGAUACCAAGAUCAUUGGGCAAUUGUAAAGAGCUUGAGAUUCUGAAUCUUGGAAACAAUCAGAUCAAUGAUACGUUCCCCUUUUGGUUGGGAUCUUUUCCAGAGUUGCAACUUCUCAUUUUGCGGCAUAACAGAUUUCAUGGCGCAAUCGAGAAUCCUAGAGCCAACUUUGAGUUCCCCACGCUGUGUAUCAUUGACCUCUCGUACAAUAAUUUUGCAGGAAAUUUGCCAGCAGGCUACUUUCUCACAUGGGUGGCCAUGAGCAGGGUCGAUGAAGAGAAUUUUUCAUAUAUGCAGUCAAUGACGGGAUUUGUCCUAAUCCGAACAUAUCGGCUUUAUGAAAACUACAAUUACUCAAUGACAAUGACGAACAAAGGCAUGGAAAGGGUGUACCCGAAGAUCCCUCGCAGUUUUAAAGCAAUUGAUCUCUCAAGCAACAAAUUUAUAGGAGAGAUCCCAAAAUCCAUUGGGAAACUCAGGGGACUUCAUUUGCUCAACAUUUCCUCCAACAGUCUUACUGGUCACAUCCCAUCUUUUCUUGGGAACUUAGCACAGCUUGAGGCACUGGACCUAUCUCAAAACAAUCUCUCAGGAGAGAUCCCUCAGCAGCUAAAGGGAAUGACAUUCCUUGAGUUCUUCAAUGUUUCUCACAAUCAUCUCAUGGGACCUAUACCGCAAGGGAAGCAAUUUAAUACAUUUCAGAACGACUCAUACGAGGGAAAUCCAGGAUUGUGCGGAAAUCCUUUGUCAAAGGAGUGUGAAAACUCUAAGUCAACAGCACCACCACCACCAACCGACAAACAUGGAGGGGACUUGGAGAGUGGCCGCAAAGUUGAGUUGAUGAUAGUAUUGAUGGGAUAUGGAAGUGGUCUGGUAGUUGGAAUGGCAAUUGGUUACACCUUAACCACAAGGAAACAUGAAUGGUUUGUCAAGACUUUCGGCAAGAGGCAGAGAAAGUGUUGA